AUGCAAACAGAACAUAAAGAAAUCCAUUCGUACGAAAAUGAUGCUGCUCAGUUACAUGGAGAGGCAGAAACGAGGAACUCAAAGGAGAGAAUUUCUAUAAAGGAGCUUCUGAAGACCAAAAUAGAAAUAUGUGAGGAUAAUGGUUCAAGUUUCAAAGCAGAGUACGAGCAAAUUCCAAAUGGUGAAUUACAUUCAUGUGAUGCUGGAAAAAGGGAUGAAAACAAAACUAAAAACAGAUACAAAACAACAUUUCCGUACGACCAUUCCAGAGUUAAGCUUCGAAUGGCAAACCAGAGAUCUGAUUACAUAAACGCCAACUAUAUUAAGGACAUAUCAGGGGAGCAGAGAUACAUAGCUACUCAAGGUCCAAAAAAGGGAACAGUGCCUGAUUUUUGGACAAUGAUUUGGCAGGAAUCAGUCAAAAUUAUUGUAUGUCUGACCAAUCUGAAAGAAGGAAAGCAGGGAAAGUGUGCACAAUACUGGCCAAAUUGCAAUGAUAAAAUCCAAAGUGGAAAUUUUGCUAUUCGGAACCAAGAGGAAAAGGCGUACUCAAACUACAUUAAAAGACAUCUGAGAUUACAAGAUACGAUUGGUAAAGAGGAACAAGAUGUAUUGAUGUUUCAUUACACCCAAUGGCCAGACCACGGGGUCCCUGAAGCUAUAAAUCUUGUCGUGUUCCACCGGCAUGUUAUGCGAGCUUUUCCAAAGUCUUCAGAUAAAGAUAAAAUGGUGGUCCACUGCAGUGCUGGCUUGGGUAGAACGGGUACCUUCAUAGCUUUGGACGCCCUCUACCGGGACGGUUUGAGUUCAGGACCUGUUAAUGUGUCGGAAUAUGUCUCACAAAUGCGUAAUGACAGAGUGAACAUGGUACAAGGAGAGGCAUGUGGAUAUUAUUCUGAUAAAUUUUAA